AUGCCGCGGAAAAAGCAGUCGCACGAAGAGGUAUUGGCAAAAGCCCGACUUGCACGGCGAAACAGAUAUGCAAAAAUAAAAGCAGAUCCGGCUUUAUAUGCCUUAGAGAGGGAGAAGGAAAAGAAGAGAUACAUAAAAAGAAAAGAGGAAAAGAAAAUAUUAAGGUCUACUGAAUUGACCCCAAGAGCUAGAAAUAUACAGAGAAAGAAAUGGAGAGAAAAUUUCAGAAGACAGUACCAGAGAAAACUCUUAGAAAAGAAAAGAACAGAAGAAGUUUUUAUACUAGUUUCCACAAAUGUGGGCAAUGUUGAUGAUAAAAACAGAUAUGAACUUAGAAACUCGAUUAACUCACCACAACCUUCUACAUCACUAGAUAUAGACCAUAAAGAAUCAGUAAUCCAAAACUUGAAGAAAAAAAUUAGAACUUUGAAGAAAUAUAUGGCGAAUAAGGCACAAAAAGAUAAAAUAGAAAUAGAGUUAUUGAAGAAAAAAAAUAACAAAUACAAAAAAAUAAUUCUGAGACUUAGAAAACGCUUGCAGAGUCCUAACACAAAAGCAAAAGCUCUACUGCAGGAUAAAACAAAAAUAGAAGAAGCGAAAAAAAAGAUUUUGUUUGGGGAGGCUAUGAAAAAGACAUUAGAAGACAGCUACAAAGCUCUAAAAUCAAAUACUGAGAAAAGAGCAUUCCACAACACAAUUAUGCGUGAAAAACACAUUUUAAAGAAGCAUAAAGUUUUGUCAGAAGCACAGAAUUUCUUGCUGAGAGAGAAGAAACAGCCUCACCAAAAAAAUGUAGAAUACGAAAAGUUAAAACAAGAUAUACAAGAAUUUUUUGAACGGGACAACGUUUCUAGAGCUACGGCAGGAAAGAAAGAGUUUAUAACACGACAAAAGGAGAGAAAGCAGAAGAGAUAUUUGUUAGAUAACAUGAAGAACCUACAUAAAGUAUUUGAAUCCGAAUUUCGAACAGUGAGUUAUUCUUACUUUUGCAAACAACGCCCAUACUGGGUAUUGAUUCCAAGUGUAAACCAAAGAGAUACAUGUGUUUGUAAAAUCCAUGCAAAUAUGGAACUAUUGAUUCAGGCUCUGUACAAAAGAAGAAUAAUAAAACACGCCAGCAUCAAUGAUGUAAUCAAUUUUCUCUGUUGUGGAAAAAAUAAAUGUCUUAUUGAGCGUUGUAACUUGUGCGAAAACAAAACUAUUUGCUACGAAGAAUUUGAUAAUAAGGACCUAAUAACGUUCAAACAAUGGCAAAAUUCUACAACCAGUUAUGAAUCCAAAGGCAUUAAAAAAAAUAAAAGAAUAAUAUCAAAAACAAAAAUUACAACUAACCCUAAAGAAGCUGUUGAGCUGUUAGAACAGAUGAUUCCAAAGUUUCUAAAACAUGAAGGGCUGCGCAGAUGGCAAUUUAGUGCAAUGAAGGGUUUAAGGGAAAAUCUUAAGGAUAACGAAGGCAUCAUUCACAUAGAUUUUAGUGAAAACUAUGCUUUAAAAUAUGAGUCUGAAGUUCAGGCUUUUCAUUUUGGGGGAAGUAGACAAGAGCUAUCACUACAAACUGCUGUCAUCUAUUUCAUAGAUAAGGAAGGUCAGUUCACUAACAAAUCAUUUUGCACAGUAAGUGAAAAUCUACGUCAUGACUCUGCUGCGGUAUGGGGUCAUCUUAUACCGCUACUAGAAUUUGUUAAAUUGGCUAAUAACAAUAUUACUACUCUUCACUUUUUAUCUGAUUCCCCAAGUAGUCAAUAUAGAAAUAAAACUAUGUUUUAUGUCAUCUGUAAAUUAAAUUGGUAUUUCGAUGGAUUAGAACGCAUUACUUGGAACUAUACUGAAUCUGCUCAUGGAAAAGGUGCAGCUGAUGGGGUAGGAGCAGUAGUUAAGCGUACUGCUGAUGCUGCUGUAGCACAAGGCAAUGAUGUUGCUACAAUAGAGGAUUUUUUGAGAGUAGUCAAAGAAAAUACACAGAACAUCAACAUGGCUACUAUUGAUGAAUAUCAUAUCAUAGAAAAAGAUCUUUUGAUACCUUCAGAAAAACUGUUAAACUUAAAAGGUACAAUGAAAGUCCACCAGGUAUUGUGGCAAAAAGAAACUGAAAGUUUAAUAUUUAGAGAGGCCAGCUGUUUUUCCUGCGUAAGCACCUGUAAACAUACAAAAUUUAUUGGUAAAUUACUGUACAAAGACCCAAAUCACCCCAAUGUUGCAGAUAAGGAGAAUAAUGAAAAUAAUAAUAGACAAACCAAUCCUGAUACUAAACCAAUGAGAUUAGCUACAAAUACAAGUAACGAACCGAAAGUUAAAAUAAUAAGUAACGUACUGCUUAGUCCCAGAAAAAACAGGACAUUCGGCAAUAUUAGUAGUAGCAAUGUUACAAUGUUAACGGACAUAAAACCAGACAAUAAGAUGCAUUUGGACCCGAAUAUUAAAAUUGAGGAAAUGGUAAAUAUAUAUAAUAUAUCAGGUAGUGAGGCUAACUUUUCUGGUAUAUACCAGGAGUUUAUUGAAUCUUCAGAGUUGGAAGCAAUUAGAGAUCGUUAUGAGACUGACGCUUUUCAGACUCGGAAACAUCAGGUGAGUGUUUCUGAGUCUGAAAAGUGCCAGUGUCGUAAUGAUGAUAUUGAUUCAGAUACUUCGGAUUAUAAUAUUUUUUAAUUGUUUUGACUAUGUACAAGAAAAUAGCUACAUUUAAGGUUCUCAUAUUAAAUUGAAGUUAUUGUUUAAUAUCCAAAGAAAUUGCAAUUACUUUUAUGUUAUCUGUUUUAUCGGAAAACACAAGUUUCUACUAACUUUUCUAUUUUGGUGUGUAUUAUACCAAUAAAAUUACACUGCUUAUAUUAUCAUAACCAAAAAGUGUUAGAUUACCUACCUAUGUGAUUUUUAUAGACUAUUAUUUGCCAAAGUUCAUUAAUACUAAGACUGACGCUUAAAUAGUGUAAGUAAUUUCUUUAGAAUUAUGCUUUAUUUAAUA